UUGUUCCAACAUAGUUCCCUGCAGAGUUGCCAAGCUUGUUCAAGUUGGAAUUUGUUCUCACUUGUCCCUUAAUCGACGGCUCAGUGCAGAAAAUAACAUGGGAAACAACUUUCUUAAAUGGAUUCUGACGCUUUGCAUGUUUUAUUCAGUGUCAGGUGAAGGUUGCUCCCUAAUCCUCAAGCCCUCCCGGGUUGUGGUGGGUUUUGGGGAGCCGGUGUCAGUCAGCUGUGAGGCCACUCGCCCGGUACGUGUCCUGGGCUGGGAAUCGGUCAUCAGUGCUGCACACACUCAACGGGACCUUUCUGUCCGGUGGAAGGUGGACAGUCUCAUUGAUUGGAUAGAGGAGCCUAUCUGUUAUGGUGUGUUCUUCACAGCUCCCAGACAGUGUGAGGAGAAGCUCAACCUUGUCCUCUACAAAACCCCAGAUAGCGUCUCCAUCAGGCCUGUGAACCACACUGGCCCCAUGGUGGAAGGAAAAGAGUACCAGCUGCUCUGCGAGGUUCAGAAUAUUGCUCCUGUUCAGUACCUCACCCUGAGGUGGUACAAGGGGCAGACUGAGGUUUAUAACCACUCCUUCUCUGACCUCACAUCGUCCUCGCCUGUCCAAGUGUCCUCUAUCCUCAUGGUCACGCCAACUAAAGCUGAGAAUGGAGCACAGUACAGGUGCGUCGCAGAGCUGGAGCUCGGACCAGAGGGACCACAACCACCUCCUACUGUGACCUCGGAGCCUCUUAAUGCCUCUGUGUACUUCCCCCCAAUGUUCCUCAGUCCCGAACCAGAGGUUUUGGACCUUAUAGUGGGUGCUGACAUUACCUUGAACUGCACUGCCACAGGAAACCCCACACCUGUGUACAGCUGGCAAUCCUCCAAUCCUAUUCAGGAGAGGAUGGAGGAUGAAGCAGCUCUUACCUCCCCCUCACUGCUCCCAGGGACCUACACCUGCACUGCCUCCAAUACACUGGAGAAGAAGAGCAAGCAGUUCAUCGUCAAGGCCAAAACCAAAGGUGUUUGAAACAAGAAAUCUUGAGAUGGGAUCAGAUGACUACAUUGGACAUGCUAGGAGAUUCCAACUAAGGGCAUUUGACUGCUGCUGCUUUGGAGACGGAAACGACAAUGCAUUACAAAUAUUUAUGAGGAUCUUGCUAUCAAGCAGAAUUAGAUCAUAAAACAUUUUUGAAUAUAUUAUGUUUGGUAACUGUCAUUUAUUUUUGUCAGUAUUUUAACAAAAAGUGUUUUCUGUAAAAUAGAUUGGUGGAUUAGGAUAUUGUAUGCUUUCCAUGUGAUAUCCUGUGUGUAAUUUAUAUUUUUGCUAGACUUCUUUUCAUAUUAAUGAAAUUAUCUUGUAACAUUACAUGUGUCGCUACUCUUGAUAUAGCAAUGAUGACUACAUAAUCAAUUAUGUAUGCUGGGAAUUUACUACAGAAUGUUAAA